AUGGUUAAAUCGACUCAGAUUGCCAGGCUGGAUGGCCUGAUGCUAGCAGCGUCGGUGGAUGAUGAACAGGCAGAAGCGGAGCUUUCCGAGCUUAAGUCUCAGGCCAAAAUGAUAUUUCGCCGGUUGAGUCGCAAUUCUGCACCGCAAGCCAGUAUUGAAUCCGGCCAGUAUAAUUUACACUAUCUCAUCAAAGAUGACAUCUGCUUUUUGUGUAUUUGCGAUCGUUCGUACCCCCGGAAGCUUGCCUUCACCUAUCUCGAGGAUCUAGCAACGGAAUUCACCACCACAUACUCCCCGUCACAGUAUCAUUCUCCAACUCUGCGACCAUAUGCUUUUGUGGAGUUCGAUACUUUCAUUCAACGCACCAAGAAGAUUUACCAGGAUAGCCGCGCAUCGCAGAACCUCGACCGCUUAAAUGACGAGCUUCGUGAUGUGACCAAGGUAAUGACCAAGAAUAUUGAGGACCUUUUGUAUAGAGGCGAUAGUUUGGAACGCAUGGGCGAGCUAUCGGGACGUCUGCGGGAGGACAGUAAGAGGUAUAAGAAAGCUGCAGUUCGCAUCAACUGGGAGCUGUUGAUCAAGCAGUACGGACCAUUUGCGGGUGUUGGCUUCCUCCUGCUCUUCCUAAUCUGGCUUCGAUUCUUCUGA